CAUUGGGGACUUCACUGUGAGGAAAGGAACUCGAGUCAUCAUCAACCUGUGGUCUCUGCACCAUGAUGAGAAGGAAUGGAAAAACCCUGAGCUCUUUGACCCUGGUCGGUUCUUAAACAAUGAUGGCACAAGUCUGAUUAUUCCGUCGUCUAGCUACCUGCCGUUUGGUGCAGGGGUCAGAGUCUGUCUGGGUGAAGCCUUGGCCAAGAUGGAGCUCUUCCUCUUCCUGUCUUGGAUCCUACAGCACUUCACCCUCUCUGUCCCAUCAGGCCACUCUCUGCCCAGUCUGGAGGGCAAGUUUGGCGUGGUCCUCCAGCCAGCCAAGUUCAAGGUGAAUGCCACACCUAGACAAGGGUUGGAGAGAAAAAAGUGCCAGGCAUGUUAAGACUGGCUUCGCGUUCUGGACAGCAAUUGCUCUCAGUUGUGCAAUGAACAUCACACAGUACGUCAACCAUGUAAUGGUGAACUUGACAUAUCAGAAUAUCUCUUUGUAAUGCAUGAUAUUUUAUUAUUAUUUCUUAACAAUUUGCAGUGUCAA